ACAAACUUUCAUAAAUUCUCCCUGAUUUUUUUUUCCAGUAAGAACAAAAAGGAAAAUGAUAAGAAAACAGAGAAUGGAUGUGAGCCAAUCAUCAUCAUCUCCUUCUCUUCCGUUUAUCCUAUGCUACUCAUAACAGCAAUCUUUUCUCUUCCUCCAACAUCUCACUUCGUCCUACUUCAAACAUUCUUGUUUUGGAACUCAAAAAGUCUAUUUAUUUUUUUUGGGGGCUUUUCUGGGUAUCUCUUCCAAUUUGAGAUUCUGGCUGAACCCAGGAGGAAAAUAUCAAUGGAAGAAGGGAAUAUAGGUGGAGGAGGAAGAAGAAUAGGAUCAGUGAAAGCCGCCAUUAACAUGUACGGACAAAGAGCUACCCGGACCGUCUCCCCUCAGUUAGAUUUGCCAGAAGCCAAGUCAGUUGCCGAGGACUUGCACAAGUCAGGGAGAGAGCUAGGCAUGUACAGAGAGAGCAGAAAGGCUUCCGACUCCGCAAAGGCCAAAGCAGAAGCUGAGCUAAACAAGGCCAAGAAGACAGUGCAGGAGCUGACUUUACUCAUAGAGCAGUCGAACCGCAGGUUAAAGUCUGUGAAGAAGUUAGAGAUCGAUGUAAAGGGUGGUAACUACGCUCAGAUCAUUAGAGAGUUAGAGGAUGCGAAGCAAGAGCUGAGCAAGCUUAAGCUUGAUGUAAGCUAUGUUUUGAAAGAGAAGGUUGCGGCGGAGAAGGAAGUGAUGGAGUUGAGGGAUAAAACGGAAGAGGAUUCGAAGCUGGUGGAGAGUCUUAAGGUAGAGGUGGAUGCUGCGGAGGAAGAGCAUGUUUUGGUUGAGUUGGCGAAGAUGGAGGCUUUGAAGGAAUGCAGAGAGGUAGAGAGGGAGAGAGAGAGGGAGAAGAAGGAGGCGUUGGAGUCAGUGGAGAAGAUGAGGAAGAGGACUAAGGAGAUGAAGAAAGAUAUGAAGAGAGCAAAGGAGUAUGAGAAUGUGUUGGCAGAGACUUUGGCUGACAUCGAGAUGUUGGAAACGCAGUUGAAGCUUGUUAAGGACAUGGAGAGGAAUGUUCCCAAGAACCAAAGAGGGAAGGAUGCUUUGACGGUUUUGAAAGAAGUGACGGAAGAGACAGAAGCUAAGAAGGAGGAGCUUGAUUCUCUUAACGCAGAUCUUCUUUAUCUCGGUGAUGUAAUGGAUGCGUUGAGGAAAGAGCUUAAGAAAGUUAGAGGAGAAGCAGCUAGGUUUGAUAAGAUCAUAGAGAAGGAUGAUGCGAUGAUCGAGAGACUCAACGCGAAGCUGCUUAUAGGGAAAGGGAGACUAGAAGCAGUAUCUGCAGAUGAAGAGAGAAUCAGCUCUCUUGCUGACAACUUAACUUGCUCGUUGGAGAAGCUCAAGAACGAUGAAGAAGCUGCAAAGAAAGAAGAGGUGAAUCUUAAAGAAGAAGCAAGAAUCAUCAAGAAAACUGAAAUGGGUUUCGGCGGGGAAGAGAAAGAGUUGCUAUCCAAGUUAGAAGAGCUGGAGAAGGCGAAACAAGCAGAGGGUUUAGCACUGGAGAAGCUUGAAUCAAUCGUAGAGAGAACAAUAGAAACUAGAGAAAUGGAUUCUCAGAGUAGCUCAACCAUCACAAUCUCGAGAUUCGAGUACGAGUAUCUGAGCGGACAAGCGCGUCACGCCGAGGAAACAGCAGAGAAGAAAGUGGAAGCAGCGAUGGCGUGGGUGGAAGCGUUGAAGGCGAGCACUAAGGAGAUUGAGAUGAAGACGGAGACGUUAGAGAGGGAGAGUGGGAAGACGAUGGUGGAAGAGGAGAGGGCGUCUUUUAGGAUGCAGAGGUCGCUGUCGAUAAAGAGACUGGUGCAGAACGAGAUUGAGAAGUUCAAGGAGGAAUCAGCAGAAGACAAAAGCAGCAGCAGCUUGGUGGUCUCUCCUAAACCGGUGAGAAGAUCGGUGAGGGUUAGCGGGAAGUUUACUCCGGUUCAGGGAGGGAAGACGAGGAGAUACUCGUCGGGAAACAGAGGGACUCCGAGUUACUUUGUGAUCAAGAAGAAGAAGAAGAAGGUUCCGAACUUGGUUAAGUUUUUUAGCAGGAAAAGAGAUAAGUCAUCUUUAGAACAAUGAGAAGGUUAGUUGUUUUGUUUUGUAGUUUUACUGAAUGUUUUUUUGCUUGUAUCUUAAGUUUCACAUUGUUGUAACUUCUUAUUUGUUUAUUUGUUUUUGUAACUUUGCUAUAUUUGUGUAUACUUAGGUGUAUGACAAUGAUACAAUAUUGCAUUCUAUAAAAGUCUUUAGUAA